AAAAUGAAAGGUGUACUGAUGUGCUCUUCUUAAUUACUUAUCUAUACGACAUGUUGAACUUCAAGGACAUCGGAGAAUAUGAUGUAACCUCUCUCGAUAUUUGUUUAACCGGAGGAUCAAACAUCCCUCCAAAAAUGGCGAAGGACUUUGAAGAAAAAUUUGCUUGCAAAAUACUGAUAGCGUAUGCUUCAACUGAAGUGAUGGUACCAUCCAUAAGCUCUCCGUUGGACCCAUUGGAUGCGCGGUGUUCUGGAGUUCGAAUAUUGCCAAAUGCAGAGAUACAAUUGGUUGAUGAUGACGGAAAGUGUGUACCUGUUAGCAGUAAUGGUGAAAUUUGGUGCCGCUGUUGUGGUAACUUUCAGAGAUACAUGGGGAAUGAUGAACAGACGAAAGCAGCUAAAUCGCCUCACGGGUGGUUUAAAACUGGUGACCUUGGUGUUUUUAACGCGGCUGGUGUCCUGUCAAUAGUCGGGAGAAAAAAGGAUAUGAUAAACAGGGGUACUGUAAAGAUUUUUCCCGCCGUCAUCGAGAAUGUUCUCUCACGACAUCCAUCUAUUGAGCAGGUUCAG